CAACUUGCCAACCUCAGGAUAAAUGUAACAAUGUCUAUCCCUACGAUAGUAAUAUUCUAUCUUCUAGCAAAAAGAAGUGGAGCCUUUCACCCAGGGCGUCAGAACUACCCUCAAUCCACCACAGUUCCUUUUCUGGGACUCGCUAUCUCGGAUUGUUGCCUGCAAUACGCGUCAUAUGCAUUACUCGGUCUAGUAUAUGUCACACUCCCACUCUAUAUCUACUCUACUUACGAGCAUGAACCUUCCCAAAUAUCUGCGCCUGACCACGAUAAAUCAGAAAAGAAGCGACUAGACUAGCUUGAAGACCGAUUGCGCAGGCUUGAAGAAGAGAGACCUCAGUAACUAUGCUGUCUGAGAAACGUUAAUGUCAUAGUACAAAGUAUUCCAAACUCCACUCAAUGUCAUAAGACAUGCCGAAGAUUGCAAGUACAUAAAAUCAAUUCGAAUGCCCGUCCGUAUUGGAAAGGACGUCGUGGAUCAAUCGACAUCACUCUAUAGUCAAUUAAUCUCAAGGCAUGUCGAUAUUGUCCAUUUCUUCCACCCUUCAUCCACUUCCACCAAUUCCACCAAUUCGGAAUGACUAACAAUAUAACAGAGAUCGAGCAAGACG